ACCCACAAAUAUCACUCCCAUUCUAGUGUUCCAUCUUUCAGUGUUGAUGAUGUUGAUGAGCUCUUCUCGUAAGAUGACCAUGAAGUCUUCUUCUUCUUUUGUCCCAACAGCAGUGUUGCUAUUUGGGAUGCUUUUUCUCACAUCUCCUCUUUCCGUUCUUGCUGACUUUGAUUUCUAUUACUUCGUUUUAAUGUGGCCAGGCACGUAUUGUGAGCAAUCUAAAUGUUGUCAUCCGACCACUGGUAACCGUGUUCAGGACUUCCUUAUUAGAAGUUUACAGCCAACCAAUAUCUCCUAUGAAACAGACACCAAAUGCAGAUCCGAAUCUUUAUAUACAAAUAAGUUGGAUAACUUGAUGGAUUACCUAAACACAUAUUGGAGCAACAUAAAGUGCCCAAGUAAUAAUGGAAUGUCGGCAUGGAAAUCAACAUGGAAGACAUAUGGAACUUGCACGGGCUUGGAUGAAUAUAAUUACUUUUAUACUGCACUUGUUCUCCGACACCACAUCUUUGAUUUACUCUCCAUCCUCAAGAACAAUGGUAUCACACCAGAUAUCUCUCAAGAAUACAGCUUGACAAGCAUAAAAGAAGCCAUUGCAAAGGGGAUUGGAGCAAAGCCACAGAUAAAAUGUAACUCAAAAAAUCAACUCUAUGAAGUAUACAUUUGUCUGGAUAAAGCUGCAUUGACUACAAUUGAGUGCCCUGAGGAUCUUGGCUUCACUUGUGCCACUGAUAUUUACUUUCCACCAGUGAAUCAAACCAAGCUCAAUCACACCAUGCCCAACUUUGAUAAGGACUUCAUGGCUAGGAAAAUAAUUAUGCCCAUCUCUCUUGAAUGAUCUAUCUAUGUUACUAUGCAUCUCAUGAGGUCUUUUGGAUUAAGUUAAGCUU